GCGCGGCGAGCACCGGCACCGGCACCGGCACCGGCACCGGCACCGGCACCGGCACCGGCACCGGCACCGGCACCGGCACCGGCACCGGCACCGGGUACGGAGCGGCGCGUCCCGGGGGGAGCGGCGCCCUGCAAGCGAUGCCCUGCAUCCAGGCGCAGUAUGGCACCGCGGCGCCCGGCGCCGGCCCCGGCGAGCGCUACCCCGCCGACCUGCUGAGCCCCGACGGCGGCAAGUUCCCGGCCGACUCGGCCGGCGCCGACGCGGCGGCCGCCCCGGCGCUGCCCAGCUUCAGCACCUUCAUGGAGGGCUACGCCGGCGAGUUCGACGCCUUCCUCUACCAGCUGCCGGCCGGCGCCCAGCCCGCCGCCUUCAAGCUGGAGGACUUCCAGGUGUACGGCUGCUACCCCGGCGCCUUCGGCUCCCAGCCGGACGAGACCCCGUCGUCCGGCGGCUCGGACUAUUACGGCAGCCCCUGCUCCGCGCCGUCGCCCUCCGCCCCCGGCUUCGCCCCGGCGCCGGCGUGGGAGAGCUUCGGCGCCUACUCGCCGCCGCCGAGCUUCGAGGCCGGGCGCUGCUGGGCCGAGGCGCCCAAGGCCGGCGGCUGCCAACCCUCCUUCUUCGCCUUCGGCCCCGCGGCCCCCGGCGCGGCCCCCGGCCCGCCCAAGGCGCCGCCGCAGCCGCCGGCACCGGACCCGCUGGCGCUGGCGCAGGGCUCGCCCGGGGGCUUCGGCGGGCUGCCGCUGCUGGAGCCGCCGGCGCUGGGGCCCGGCAAGGCGCGGGGCGCCGGGGCGGCCGAGGGCCGCUGCGCCGUGUGCGGCGACAACGCGUCCUGCCAGCACUACGGCGUGCGCACCUGCGAGGGCUGCAAGGGCUUCUUCAAGCGCACGGUGCAGAAGAACGCCAAGUACAUCUGCCUGGCCAACAAGGACUGCCCCGUGGACAAGCGGCGCCGCAACCGCUGCCAGUUCUGCCGCUUCCAGAAGUGCCUGGCCGUGGGCAUGGUCAAGGAAGUGGUGCGGACCGACAGCCUGAAGGGCCGCCGGGGCCGGCUGCCCUCGAAGCCGAAGCAGCCGCAGGACGCGUCGCCCGUCAGCCUCAUCACCUCGCUGGUGCGGGCGCACAUCGACUCCGUGCCCAGCGCCACCAAGCUCGACUACUCCAAGUUCCAGGAGUCGGUGCCGUGCCAGUUCGAGAAGGAGGACUCGGUGGACGUGCAGCAGUUCUACGACCUGCUCACGGGCUCCAUGGACGUCAUCCGCAAGUGGGCCGAGAAGAUCCAGGGCUUCGCCGAGCUGCCCCGCGAGGACCAGGACCUGCUGCUGGAGUCCGCCUUCCUGGAGCUCUUCAUCCUGCGCCUGGCCUACCGCUCCAAGCCCGAGGAAGGCAAGCUCAUCUUCUGCAACGGCGUGGUGCUGCACCGGCUGCAGUGCGUGCGGGGCUUCGGCGACUGGAUCGACGCCAUCCUCGAGUUCUCGCAGAGCCUGCACCGCCUCAACGUCGACGUGCCCUCCUUCUCCUGCCUCGCCGCCCUCGUCAUCAUCACGGACCGCCACGGGCUGAAGGAGCCGAAGCGGGUGGAGGAGCUGCAGAACCGCAUCGUGAGCUGCCUCAAGGACCACGCGGCAGCGGCGGCGGCGGGGGCCGAGCCCGGCCGCCCCGGCGGCCUCUCCAAGCUGCUGGGCAAGCUGCCGGAGCUGCGCACGCUCUGCACCCAGGGCCUGCAGCGCAUCUUCUACCUGAAGCUGGAGGACCUGGUGCCGCCGCCGCCCAUCGUCGACAAGAUCUUCAUGGACACGCUGCCCUUCUGAGCCGGCCCCCGGCCCCCCCGGGGUCGCCUGGGCCCCCUCCUCCACGUGCCUUGCGGGUGCCCGGCGCAGACGCACAACGGCCCCGGCGCCGGCCCCCCCCCCCCCCCCCCCGG